AUGGCUGCGGAGCUGGCGCAGAUGAAGGCCCUUCUCCGGGCCCUCCACCCGAGUGUGGUGGAAACUGAAACAUCAGAUCCACCCGCGGCCGAGCAGUUCUCAGAGGAGGACGUUAUCUCGGUGACGGCAUCCGCCAACCUCUUCAUAGAGUACAGUGACGGGCGAGGCACCCAGGCUUCCAGGUCGGGUUCCCACCUCUCAGUCCAGAGUCAGUCAGAGGGUGGAGAGGAGAGCUCCAUCGGGUCUGUCAUGCGCAUGGCUUUGGCACGCCUUCAGCUAGAUAUACAGCAGCCCAAACCCCCACAGGUUAGUGCAUUCUUCAGGCGCACUCCCGUCCCCGCCACCCUCUCUGUCCCUCCCUCCGAAGAUUACCUGAGGGAGUUACAUGCAUGUUGGAGAGACACCCGUGCUCAUUCCCGGCCUUCAACCGAGGGACAAACCCUGGCGUCCAUGCAGGAUGCGGCCAAGUAUGGUCUUGAGCGCAUGCCAGCCAUUGAGCGAACUAUUGCGUCCCUCAUAGUUUCCCCGGAGGAGACUCUAAGACCGGAGGCCAGGUGCCCUCGGCCCCAGUGUCGGGCCACGGACGAACUGCUUUCCCAGGCCUACAACACGGCAGCCCGCAUAGGCCGUAUCGGUAAGUCCCUCUCCCAUCUCAUGCUUGCCCUCUCGGCGUCUCUACAGCAGGAUACUCCCGACGCCUCCUCUAUCAGCCUCAGUGAUGCGUCACUACAGGCGUUUGGCCUCAUGUCAAGGGAGCUCGGGCGCUUGAUGUCCACCCUGUCGAGCCCGGAGAGAUGUUCGGCUCGGCCGCGCUACAGGCGCUUCAGCGAACUGUGCAAGCCAGUCAGACCAGGCAGCAGUUCGCUGAUCUUCGCCGUGCCAUGCCCCCACCCCGACGGGCGUCCAGGGACCCCACGGCGGCCCCCAGAGACCAUUUGCAGCCCCGCGCUCGCCUUAAUAGUCAGCGCAGGCCUCAACACUCCGCUGAGAGGCCAACCCACUCACAACGUGAGGUUUCCGGCAGACUCCCCGGACGGUUUCCAAACCCGGGGAUUAACAGCCGCCCCUCCACAGCCACUAGAGGCAGGGGGGGCAGGAGAUGAAGUCUCCAGGCCGGCCGUUGGUUGUUUCUCCCAGCAGCAGAUCCGCUACUGGGCAGCUCAUGCCCCAGAACCAUGGGUGGUGUCCACCCUAACUCAGGGCUAAAGGCUCCAAUUCCGACGCCGGCCCCCAACCUCCGGCCGGGUCAGGGUAACUACCAUCGCCGACCCGGCAAAAGCCUUAGCCUUGAGCCAGGAACUUGCCAAACUCCUGGCCAAAGGCGCAAUCGAGGCGGUGGACCCCCUGUUACAGCCCAGGGGUUUUUAUUCAACCUACUUCCUCGUGAGGAAGAAAGAGGGUGGACUCCGCCCAAUCCUAGAUCUGAGGGGACUCAACAAGUUCCUGAAGGUCUUGCCAUUCCACAUGCUCAGCACGGCAGACGUCCUUCGUACCAUCUCCAGAGGGGACUGGUUCACGUUGGUCGACUUGAAGGAUGCCUAUUUUCAUGUCCCCAUUGUGCCUCAUCACAGACAGUUCCUUCGUUUCGCCUUUCAAGGCCGUUGUUUUCAGUUCAGGGUGCUUCCAUUCGGACUCUCCCUUUCCCCACGGGUGUUCACAAGAUGUGUUGCGGCUGCCCUUUCCCCCCUACAGUUGCAGGGCAUGAGGGUAAUGCCGUAUUUGGACGAUUGGCUGAUCUGUGCACCAUCCCAGCCUCAGGCUGCAGAAGACACCACCCGCCUUCUCUCCCAUGUGGCCCUAUUGGGCCUCAGGCCCGUCAAAUCACGCCGGCGUGUCGACGACAUCCUCCGCAACCUGCCCCUCUUCCGAGGGGGCAGGCGGUUGCCCUACAUUCUCUUCCUUCGCCUGGUGGGCAAAUUGACAGCCGCCUCAGCUGUCAUUCCCUUGGGCUUGCUAUCACUGUGCCCUCUGCAGAGAUGGCUGAACAGCCUCCAUUUGGAGGUCACAUGCCACAGGCACAGGAGAGUAGAGGUAUCACAGCGGUGCCUUCGAGCCCUAUCACCAUGGAGGGAGAGGGCGUACCUGUCGGGGGGUGUCCCCAUGGGUAUGGUCCCGUCCCGGCGAGAGGUCGUCACAACAGACGCCUCCCUCUCAGGGUGGGGCGCGGUGUGGCAGAACAGGACUGCUCAGGGGCAGUGAUCCGCUCAGGACCACACCGAGCAUAUCAAUGUCCUGGAGCUGUGGGCUGUGCACCUAGCACUCAAGCAGUUCCUGCCAUUCCUGGCUGGGAAACACGUACUCGUUCGGUCGGACAAUACCCCGACCGUUUUCCACAUAAACCAUCAGGGUGGCACCAGGUCGGCAAAGCUGCUACACGCGGCUUGCGCCCUUCUGACUUGGGCAGCCCCUCGCCUGACCAGCCUUCGGGCGAUGUAUAUUCCAGGGAAACAGAACCAGGUUGCAGAUUCCCUCUCCCGCCACAGACCCCCACCGGGGGAGUGGCGGCUCCACCCAGAAGUGGUGCAGAGCAUCUGGGGUCUCUUCGGCAGGGCGAGGGUAGAUCUCUUUGCCUCAGAGACGUCAACCCACUGCUCCCACUGGUUCUCCCUGAGGGAGAGGACCAGCCCUCUGGGGCAAGAUGCCCUGGCGCACACAUGGCCGGGGGGCCUUCUUUAUGCUUUCCCCCCAAUUCCCCUGAUCUUGCCAACACUUCUCAGGGUACUUCAACAGGGCCACAGUCUCCUACUGGUGGCCCCACGGUGGCCAGCCAGGACUUGGUUCCCCCUACUGCACAGACUCUGCUCCGGGACGCCAUGGUGCCUCCCGGACAGGAGGGAUCUCCUGGGAUCUCCGACCAGCUGCUGA